AUGAGAACUCGCACCCUGCUCUUACGGGCAUUCAAACCUUCGCUGCAAACCCUCGUGACUGCGGGAACCUCGUUUCCCGCAGCAAAGGUCGAAGUGGCAGAACCAGAUCCCACGUCCACAUUCACCCCAUCCGCCUCCGACGACCCAUCCAUCCCGCCGACACCCAACAUACCUCCCAACACUAUUCUCUCUGCCCCCGCCCCUGCCCCGGACGCCGCCGAGCCCAGUUCAUCCAGUAGCCCGCAACCUUCUUCCGGAAGCCAAAUCAAUUACCAGCCGCGCCCGCCGACAUCACCGCCCACCACCAGACAAAUACUUGGUCGAAGAAGACGAGGAUCCGGCGACGAAUACGACGUUCAAGAGCUCGGCUCCGGGUAUCCAGAGGCUUCGGCUUCUUCAAAUAUACUUAGAGCAAAAUCCACACCGAAGCGCCGGCGUGCCAACGAGACAAUGUUGGCGGAUAUGGACCAAACAAGUGCGUCGAAUGGUACCUCGAAGGCGUUUGCGAACGGAAAGAUGCGCAUAUCAUCGACGUCGAGUACAAACGGGAACCACAAGGCAGUUGCCGCUACAAAUGGUUCUUCCAAAGUUCGGGCGCCGGACACUUACCUCGGCCAUGACCGUGAGGAAGUGACGAGAAUACUGAUCCAGGCACUAUCGGAUAUGGGCUAUCAUGGCGCAGCUGAAAGUGUCAGCAAAGACAGUGGCUUCGAAUUGGAGAACCAGACAGUAUCAACUUUCCGCAGUUCCAUUCUCGACGGAGCUUGGGCUCAAGCAGAGGAUUUGCUUACAGGCGCGACCUCGGCUGACAGCAGGCAAACCCAGGGUGGCAAUGGGUUGGUACUUUCACACGAUGCGGACAGAAAUCUUAUGAGGUUCUGGAUAAGGCAGCAAAAGUAUCUCGAGCUUCUUGAAGAAAGAAAUACCAGCCGCGCACUAGCUGUUCUACGGAACGAGGUCACACCACUCUAUCAUGAUCCGCAAAAGCUGCAAUUCCUUUCGAGUCUCCUCAUGUGCCCAGAUUCUGCAGAUCUCAAAGCGAGCGCGAACUGGGAUGGCGCAUAUGGAACAUCACGCCAGAUUCUCCUCUCUGAGCUAUCCAAAUGUAUAUCCGCAUCGGUUAUGCUUCCCGAACACCGUCUAGCAGUCCUACUUCAACAAGUCAAGCGGACCCAAAUUGGCAUGUGCAUGUUUCACUCCAGUUCGGAAUCGCCGUCGCUUUACUCGGAUCAUGCAUGUGACCGGAGGCAAUUCCCCUCAGAAACCGUUAUCGAGCUCGAUCACCAUGAAGACGAAGUCUGGCAGGUGGCUUUCUCGCACGAUGGAACGAAACUGGCAAGCUGUGGCGGCGAUCGUCAGGUCAUUAUCUACGAUGUGCCAUCUUUCAAGGUUCUUCACACCUUGGGAGAGCACGAGGGUGGUGUUGGUAAUGUAGCAUGGAGUUGGGAUGAUUCUAUGUUGGUGGCAUGUUGCCAGAGAAAGGAGGCCCGUUUAUGGGACACCAAUACGGGCGCAUUAAUCAGGACUGUUUCCAAAUUUUCCGAACCUGUGAGCAGUUGCGUUUGGGCGCCAGAUAACCAAUCAUUCAUUCUGGGCUCACUGGAUAAGGAACAAUCCCUUACACAGUGGGAUAUACAGGGUCACAAGAUUGUGGACUGGUCGCCACUUCACAGAGUGGAAGACAUGGCGGCAUCCCCAGACGGACGGUGGCUUGUGGCCAUGGAUGACAAGAACCACAUACACAUUUACAAUUUCAAGAAGAGGGAUUUCGAAUAUUCGAUCGACCUUCGCACCCGGUUGACGUCGGUCAGCAUUAGUGCUGAUUCCCGGUAUCUGCUCAUCAACCACAAGAAUGGAGUGGCAGAGCUGUUCGACCUGGGUCUCAAAGAGCUCGUAAAGACUUAUACUGGGCACACGGGUGGCGAUUAUAUCAUCCGUAGUGCUUUCGGAGGCGCCAACGAGAGUUUUGUCAUUAGUGGCAGUGAAGACGGCACUAUUAAUAUUUGGCACAAAGCUACAGCCAUGCCUGUGGUGAAGCUGUCUGGCCAUCAACCUAGGACGAACGCCGUUUCUUGGUGUCCUACCGAUCCGUGUCUGUUUGCCUCGUGUGGCGACGAUGGCAAGAUCAAAAUCUGGUCGAACGAUGAAUGGGCACGGAAGCAGCGUAUCAGCCACGAGAGUGUCCAAGACCACCAGAGCUGGCACACAUGA